UAUAAGAAGGCAGAGAGAGCAGUCAUGGAUAGCAAGAUUGUAAUCUCUCUCCUGAGUCUCGCUUUUAUGGGUUUCUUUCCUGGGAUGAUGCUGGCAGCAGAGCUGCGGUGUCACUGCAUCCAGACUGCCAAAGGAUUAAUGUCGCCAAAGCAUGUGGCCAAAGUAGAAAUCAUUCCUAAGGGCCCACACUGUCACACACUGGAAAUCAUAGCUACAUUGAAGAACAGCCAGCAGGUCUGUUUAGAUCCCCAGGCCAAAUGGAUGAAGAUGAUAAUUAACAAGAUUCUACACAGUUCACCCAACAAACAGCAUCAGUAAAGAAAACAGAGACAUCUCUGCGAAUAAGCCAAAGCUGCAUGGACGUGCCAUUAGCCUUUAAGUGUCUCCAAGGUCGGGGUAUUCAUAGUUUUACUCUUGCUUUUUCUAUUCUCACUUCUCUCCAUGCACAGAUUGUUAGUCUGCGAAGGGAAACUGCUGGAUUUAAUAGCCUGUCACAACACUAGUAAACUCUGGCCCUUUAUGGUAAAAUUUUACACUGCACUUUCCUGUAGAGGCAUUUGGAGCAAUAUCCUAGGCAAGUCCAGCCUUACACUGGUCAGCGGGAAACACUUGCACAGGUUUAGCAACACCAGGGAUUUGGCUUUCACUGAACUGGUGCCUACACUAAAGCAUUUGUGAGCUUCAUUCUACUUGGCUAUGAAGUACAGUUUUGUCUAGUCUAAGAGGGCAUAGUUUUUAAAGAAAAGAAAUGCUAACCAAAGGAGAUUCUUACUGAAAGUAAAAAAAAAAAAUGGAGGGGGGAAGUAAGAAAAAAAGGAGUUCCUCAAUGUCAAUAAACUAAUUGCUUAGAGAUAGCUUGUUCAAUGAAGUGAAACAAAUGAUGCAGGAUUUCAGUGUUUAAAAAGUUGGUCUUAUGUAUAUGAAAUAGAUUGCUAAGUUUAAAACAGCAGAGUCGUCGUAAUUCUUGUUUUGUCACAAACAUGUCUGUUGUUAUAGUAUAGACUCUAUAGUAUUACAUAGAAUACUCUCUACAUAAUAUAUACUCUGUAUAUAAUAUAUACGCUAUAUUGUAUAUAAUACUCUAUAUAAUACUGUAGACUCUUCCAUAUAGAAGGUUUUAAGUAGCCAUCAAUUCAACUUUUCAGAAAUGAAAUGGGAAAAAAACGUGCAAGAAUCUCUUCAACGUUUCAAGCAGGACGAAAUAUCUUACAGGGUUUUGCCGCAUGCAUACUAUUGUGAGGGUUUAUUCAUAGUGUACCAAGGCUGCAAAGUAAACAAAAAUGUACAAUAAAUAUAAUUCUGUAUGACUGCAUGCACUAUUCUGAAUUGCUAUGUCUGUUUUUACAUGGAAAUAACCUAGAUUUUAAAUUCACUUUCAGUAAUACAAAUAUUUUGCUAAAAUACACUUGCCAUUUAAAUAACAUUUGAAUACUAUCUUAUUUUCAAAAUAAAAAAUGCCCUUUCUCCAUCUGGACACAGACACAUUUUUGGUUCUUAUGUAUGCAAGACAUCUUCACAUCAUUGUUGAAAACUAACAUUGUAGAUUUCCAAACAAAUCUGAGAGACAACUUCUCAGCUGUGUAGCAUGAUAGGCUAUUUAAGGACUGCCUGACUACUUAACAAAUGAAAAAAAAAACAAACCAAAAUAAAAAGCAUUGCCAUUAAGACUGUUUGCUUACAGAUAAUUGAAAAAGUGUUUCUUGUAAGAUUUUCCUUCCACAUAUAUUGAAAAAGAUGCUGAGUUUCCACUCUAGUAUUUGGAUAAAAGCAAUAUUUAAUUCAGAAUUAACUGAAAUAAGGCAGGUGUUUUUGCUUACUUUACAUUGCCAACAGCACAUGUUGGUACUGGGAGCACAUACUUAUAUUACAGAAGGAGGUGCUAAUGAAAAAUGUCAGAUAAAUGCAGUUUUGUGUGAUGUAUGCUUCACCCAAAAUUGCAGUUUUGGAUUCUAAUUCCUGUCUCUGCAGACAGCCAGUGACAAUGCUGACACAGAAGAUUAAUACAAUGUAAUUAUGAUGCAGAGAAACAGUAACUGAAUCUCCUUCCAAACCUCUAGGAAACAAAAACAUAUCUGAUACCCAAAUGUCACUGCCUCUCUCUAGGGCAUCAUCUUAAAAAGAUUUAAGUACCCUGCCCUCACAUCUGCUGUUAGAAAGAACCUUGUGGAAACACUGCUCCUUGGGUACUUAGAAAAGUUCUUCUAAUUUCUAAUCUACCUUUGUCCAGAAUUAAUUAAAAAUCUUCUGAUGUUUUUCUUCUGUAAACUCUCUGCAUAAAUGGUUCUUUCGUUCCUUCCCCAAUAAUGCAUCUGUAAAAAGCCCCCAUAGCCCUUCUCAACAAAGUAAACUCCUUUUAUCUCUUUGCAGAAUAUAAAUACUUCAAUCUUCUAAUCACAUUCACAGUUUUUCUCUGCACCUACUUUGAUUUAAGCUAGUCUUUCUUGAACAUAACGAUCCUUGAGAUAAAACCUUGAUCUUGUCAUGAAAUGAUGAUGCCUAAUUGUAAAAAUAUAGAUUGCUGUGGUUGUUUGCAUGGUAGUUUAAUUGCACUGUAGAUGCCUAUCCAGACAUAACAAAUUUUUUUCUCAGGUAGUAAUUUGCCUCACAAAGAUUACUGAUGUGAAUGAAAAAUAGACUUAUUAUGGUUAUGAUGCAAGACAGAAUGUGUGUACAGAGUGGCAAUACUCCUUUGUGAUGUGGCUUAACUAACAGCGAACCAACUGCUGGACUCUGUGUUGGUGAAUGAAAUGUAUUAAGUCUGGGUCACUUUGCAGCAGAGAAAUUAUUACAUGACAAACCUUUCUGUCUUUUAGCAUCUGUGACAAAAAUGUUGCACUCCCAUCUAAAAGUGACACAGCUAUAGCCAUAUUUUUAGCAUGCCAAGGGAAAUGAGAAUUGGGGGACAAACAUAUUGUUCCUUUGAGUGCACCCUCCAACAUAUUGGUUGAGUGUCUGGACCAUGACAGUUCAGGCAUGCCCCAAUGCAGCUACAUAUGUACAAGAGGGAGUCCCCCAGGAGCCAGGUCUUACACAGGCACCUCAGGACGUUCCUGGUUUCUGUUCUGCUGUUCUAGAAGUAGAGGGUGCUCUUCAGACUGCAAGUCAGAAUGAAGUACUUGGCAAGUUAAAAACAAAAGAUCCAAGACAAAACAUUAGAAGGUGUGAAAGACUGAAAUUAUUCAACAGAAGGAGAAAGCUCCUCAUAGGCAGAUCUGCUAAAACAGAUUAAACAGGUCUAAUCGUAUUUACUAUGCCUAAUCUGAGUACACUUAAGAUUGAUUUAUGAAAAAAUCCAUUCCCAUACGGCUAUUAUUGGUACUGGCAGCCAUCUUGAGCUCUCUGUCCUUGAUAACACAGCCAGUGAGCUAAAAAGGUGUCCGUUCCCUCUCAGUGUCAAGGAAAUCAAUCAGCG